AUGAGGAAGAAAUUACUCACACAAGACAUUAUUCUUCAAUGGGAUUUCUCGAGAAGGAAAAAUAUGAAUAUGAUGUGUUGCUUAUUAUGUUAUGAGAACCAUGAUUCUCAUAAACAUCUAUUUUUUGAAUGCAAAUUCUCCGCCCAGGUUUGGAAUAUGGUUAGAUAUAAGGCUGGUAUGGAUAGUGUUGACCCUAAGUGGGAGGAUAUCGUGGACUGGUUACUGGUCAGGAGUCGAUCUAAGUCGGCAGCUAAUUAUGUAAGCAGAAUUCUGGUGGCGGCUAGUGCUUAUUUCAACUGGCAGGAACGUAAUGCUAGACUUUUUAAGAACCAACUGGGGCCUCUCGAGCAAGUCUAUGCGAUGAUUAUCAAGACAGUGCGGUACAAGCUUAUGGGAGUAAAGAUGAAGAGGACUGAAAGAGUUCGACGGCUUCUAGGUGAAUGGGAGAUUCUUGAUGCUGACAUUAAUGGUGAUGGCGGAUGA